GUUUUUCGGAGCGUUCCUGAGGUGGAGAACGGUGGCCGGACGGAGCGACUGCGGGGCUGAGCGACUGGCGGGCGGGCGGGCCGAGCGGGGCCGCCGAGGCCGGGCUGGGCCAAGCCCAGGAGCGCCGGGGAUGUAGCGGGCCACCCUGCCCAUGCCACAGCGCCCGGCCGCGGGCGGAGCCGCAGCCGGAGCCUGGGGAGGCGGCGGGGGCCCCGAGCGCAGCCCGCGCCCCCCGCGCGGAGCCAGGCCCGCUGCCGUCCCCGCCGCCCGGGCCCCCGGCAUGCAGCCCCGGCUGCGGAGGUGACACUGCCGGGCUCGAGCCGCCGCCGCCGCCGCCAUCGCCACCAUGGACGAGCAGGAGGCCCUGAACUCGAUCAUGAAGGAUCUGGUGGCCCUCCAGAUGAGCCGACGUGCCCCAGUGCCUGGAUAUGAGACCAUGAAGAACAAGGACACGGGUCACCCAAAUAGGCAGAAAAAAAACAACAGCAGCAGCUCAGCCCUUCUGAACAGCCCCACAGUAACAACAAGCUCAUGUGCAGGGGCCAGUGAGAAAAAGAAAUUUUUGAGUGACGUCAGAAUCAAGUUUGAGCACAGCGGGGAGAGGCGAAUUAUAGCAUUCAGCCGGCCUGUGAGGUAUGAAGAUGUGGAGCACAAGGUGACAACAGUGUUUGGGCAACCUCUUGAUCUACAUUACAUGAACAAUGAGCUCUCCAUCUUGCUGAAAAACCAAGAUGAUCUUGAUAAAGCAAUUGACAUUUUGGAUAGAAGCUCAAGCAUGAAAAGCCUUAGGAUAUUGCUGCUGUCCCAGGAUGGAAACCAUAACAGUUCCUCUCCCCACUCUGGGGUGUCCAGGCAGGUGCGGAUCAAGGCUUCCCAGUCUGCGGGGGAUAUAAAUACCGUCUACCAGCCCCCUGAGCCCAGAAGCAGGCACCUCUCUGUCAGCUCCCAGAACCCUGGCCGAAGCUCACCUCCCCCUGGCUACGUUCCUGAACGGCAGCAGCACAUUGCCCGGCAGGGGUCCUACACCAGCAUCAACAGUGAGGGGGAAUUCAUUCCAGAGACCAGCGAACAGUGCAUGCUGGAUCCCCUGAGCAGUGCAGAAAAUUCCUUGUCGGGGAGCUGCCAAUCCUUGGACAGGUCAGCAGACAGCCCUUCCUUCCGGAAAUCACGAAUGUCCCGAGCCCAGAGCUUCCCUGACAACAGACAGGAGUACUCGGAUCGGGAAACUCAGCUAUAUGACAAAGGGGUCAAAGGUGGAACUUACCCCCGGCGCUACCAUGUGUCUAUGCACCACAAGGACUACAAUGAUGGCAGAAGAACAUUUCCCCGAAUACGGCGUCAUCAAGGCAACCUGUUCACCCUGGUGCCGUCCAGCCGCUCCCUGAGCACAAAUGGCGAGAACAUGGGUCUGGCUGUGCAAUACCUGGACCCCCGUGGGCGCCUGCGGAGUGCAGACAGCGAGAACGCCCUUUCUGUGCAGGAGAGGAAUGUCCCAACCAAGUCUCCUAGUGCCCCCAUCAAUUGGCGCCGGGGGAAGCUCCUGGGUCAGGGAGCCUUUGGCAGGGUCUAUCUGUGCUAUGAUGUGGACACAGGACGAGAACUUGCUUCCAAGCAGGUCCAGUUUGACCCAGAUAGUCCUGAGACAAGCAAGGAGGUGAGUGCUCUGGAAUGUGAGAUCCAGUUGCUGAAGAACUUGCAGCAUGAGCGCAUUGUGCAGUACUACGGCUGUCUGCGGGACCGUGCUGAGAAGACCCUGACCAUCUUCAUGGAGUACAUGCCAGGGGGCUCGGUGAAGGACCAGCUGAAGGCCUACGGAGCCCUGACGGAGAGUGUGACCCGGAAGUAUACCCGGCAGAUCCUGGAGGGCAUGUCCUACCUGCACAGCAACAUGAUUGUUCACCGGGACAUCAAGGGAGCCAACAUCCUCCGAGACUCUGCUGGGAAUGUGAAGCUGGGGGACUUUGGGGCCAGCAAACGCCUGCAGACCAUCUGCAUGUCGGGGACAGGCAUGCGCUCAGUCACUGGCACACCCUACUGGAUGAGCCCUGAGGUGAUCAGUGGCGAGGGCUAUGGAAGGAAGGCAGAUGUGUGGAGCCUGGGCUGCACUGUGGUGGAGAUGCUGACAGAGAAACCACCGUGGGCAGAGUAUGAAGCUAUGGCCGCCAUUUUCAAGAUCGCCACCCAGCCCACCAAUCCUCAGCUGCCUUCCCACAUCUCUGAACAUGGCCGGGACUUCCUGAGGCGCAUUUUUGUGGAGGCUCGCCAGAGACCUUCAGCUGAGGAGCUGCUCACACACCACUUUGCACAGCUCGUGUACUGAGCUCGCGAGUCCACGCUGUUGCUGGGCGCCCUUACCACACAAGCAAGGGGCUGCUGUGGGCUCAGCGACAUUGCUGCUUCUCCAGGCAAGGCUGUGGACCAUGGAGCUGAGCUACAGCCCAGCCAGUGUUUGUCUGUGCCCCUUCUGCCACUGGGGCUGAGAGCUAGGGUGGGGUGGCUGCAGCCUCAAAGACUGAGAGUCCCCAGCCUGCCAGACCCAAGAGCUCCCAGUGUCCUGAGAGGGCCGGGAACAGUAUGCUAGGUGGCCGUUUGGGCCCCACCCUCGGGUUGUAUCCUGACGCUGCAAAAUCUGCACCAAAGCCCAGAGGGUCUAGGGGCAUAGGACUGAUGCCAGGGUAUGAAUAGUGUUAUUUUCAUUCAGAGUGUUAUUUUGUUUCUCCUCCCAAUGUCUGGAGACCACCAGGAUGUCUUGGGGCUGGAUGAGCCCACUCAAGCCUGAGGUAAAGCCCAGCAUCCCCCAAGCAACGGCAGGCAGAGGCCCAGGCUGCCCUCCCUAGAGCCCCGGUCAGCUCUGCCAGCCCCAUCCUUUACCAAAGAUGAAUGGAGCAAAUGUCAUGCUGCCUUAUUCAGGGAAGGAGGAUUCUGUCCCGCCUGUCCCUGUGACCCUGCUCCAUAAGCAGGGGCCUGAGAUGUGGAACUGCCCCCACGGAGGGGUGGAGACCUGAUUUUGUCAAUGCAAUUGUCUCUGUUUUACAAGUUGGUGUCACUCUUAUGCUGUAUCCAGUUUCUAAACUGGAGACUGUGCCCUCUGGGCUCUGAGUACCCCUGCUGUGGGCUUGGGCCUGGGCUGGACUGGGAAGAGCUGAAGGUAAUGGCCUCUGUGUUCCGGCCCGGCAUCAGUUCCCCCACUGGAGUGGAAGGGAAGAUGGACAGCACAGUGAGGGCAUCUCGCCUGGCUGGUGCCUUGAGCCCAGAGGGCCUGGGGAGGUGUCUCAGGCUGCCUGAGUUGUGACCUGCCAGGCCAGAGCCCCCUCUGUCUGCUAGAAGGGAAAGCCCAUGUGCUGCCACCAGCUUUGUUCUUCCUUAGCCAGCCUUGUCCACCCCUAGGAGGUCUCAGUCUCUUUCCUUUCUUGCUCCUCCCCUGGGGGAGGAAUGGCAGCAGGGGUCUGGGAAACAGCAUCUCCAAGCAGCUUAGAGUUGGCCAUGUUUACCUCAGCCUGGGUGCUGGUCCUUUCUUCCGGCCCCUCCCCUCCAAAAUGUGCCUAUUGCUCGAGCUCCUCCCUCUCAACACCCAGUUUCCUUGGGAGUUGUCAUUAAAGGAAAAAAAAAGCCAGUGCCCAGGGAUGGGUGUCUCCAGGAGCUGGGGGUGAGUGGCAGGCAGCCCUGCCAGCGUGCCUGCAUCCCCACGGGCACAGAACAAGCCAAAGCCUUCGUUGUAUGUUGACGAUGCACUUUUAUGAAUGUAGUUUCUAUCGCUGUUUUUAGCCUUUUCACAUCAUGUAAUGUGAGGCCUUGUACUUGUUAAUUUAUAUCUCAGAUCAUAUUUGAUGGUUUUUAUAUAUAUCAAUUCUAGACUGUUACAGGUGAUAGACGCCUCAAGGGAGAGAAGAGAAAAUGAAAGCAGCUGGUUUUGCAGAAAUGUGUGCUGCAUGGUGCCAGUUGGGCCUGGGCCCCUCUGUUUCCAUCCGUUUCUCCCCAAGGCCCCUGUCAGGCCCCUCCACCCCACACUGCCCUCUGAAGACAGUGAGCACCUGCUCCUGCCUCCACCUCGGCCCUUGCCCAGGGUGGGGCGCGGCCCCUCAUCUCGACCAAAGCUGCUGUGUGGCGGCUCGGCCUCUCCACGCCCCUCCUGCUGGCUGUACGCUCUUGGCCCGCACCCCCAGCCCCCAGCCCUGUUCCCCAAGAGGAAACAGAAGACGAUGCCGGCUGACUCUGCAGCUGUGUGUGUCCCAGGUUUAGGCUGUCACAGAGCCCCACCCCCUGGGGUCUUACCUCACAGGCAAUGUGUUUUAAAAAUGAAUUUGAAAACAAGCCAACAAACCCUGCACUCCAAGAAACCAAAAAAGACCGUGAUUUUUUGUGCCAAAAACUGUGGACAUGCUAUCUCAGCAUCCUCAGGAUCAAGCUGUUGCUUAAUUUUAAUUUAUUGUUUUUUAUUAACUAAUCCAGAUGAAAAGUUGUGGGGCUCUAGGACAGCCUGGGCCCAGAGGUUCUGAAGGGCAGUUUCCUAGCAGCCCCAGGCCUGCUGUGGGAAGGGGCCAUGCCGUCAUUUUCUCAUCAUUCCAUGGGGCGUGUGCCUUGGCCAGCCCUGCAUGGAGAGGCCAGGGCUGGGGAUGGUCCUCACUCUCCUGCCCUCCUGCCCACCCACCCAGCUCUGUGUCUGUGUCUGAAUUGUGGAUCAUGCAGAAGAACCUGCAGCCAUAGUUAUUUGACUAUAUCUUGACCGAGGGCUUGCAGUGCAAAGCCAGGCCAGUGUCGUGCAUUACUUACAAUAAAAGGGAUCAUUUAUA